AUGGCUGUCCUUCAAAAGACCAUUGAUUACCUACUUAGCUUACUGGAUCAGCCAUAUGAUGGCAACUUCCUUGGGAGGUACAACUUUCUGUGGGACAGGAUGAGAGCAAUCCAGAUGGACCUGAGAAUGCAGCACAGUUUCAAUGUGGAAGCUAUAACUAUGUUGGAGCAAAUGAUAAGGCUUCAUGUAAUUGCUAUGCAUGAGCUGUGUGAAUAUAAAAAAGGAGAAGGUUUUUCAGAGGGAUUCGAUGCACACCUUAAUAUUGAACAUAUGAACAAAACAUCUGUUGAACUAUUUCAAAUGUAUGAUGAUCAUAGGAAGAAAGGUGUUAUUGUGCAGUCAGUAAAAGAAUUCCGUGGGUAUUAUGCUCUUCUCAAACUGGACAAGCAUCCUGGAUACAAAGUGGAACCUUCAGAGCUGUCGCUAGAUCUGGCAAAGAUGACUCCCGAGAUAAGGCAAAACCCUGAAGUGCUUUUUGCUCGCAAUGUUGCAAGAGCUUUCAGAACAAGCAACUUCAUUGCCUUCUUUAGGCUUGCUAAGAAGGCAACUUAUCUUCAAGCAUGUUUAAUGCAUGCUCACUUUGCUAAGCUACGAACCCAUGCACUUGCUUCCUUAUACUUGGGUCUACAAACCAACCAAGGAAUCCCUGUUUCUGAAGUUGCCAAGUGGAUUGCUAUGGAGGAAGAAGAUGUCGAAAACUUAUUACCAUAUUAUGGGUUCUCGAUAAAGCAAUUCGAAGAGCCAUAUAUGUAUGAACGUUUGGAUGGGAUAGAAAUCAAACUAACUGUUUGCUUGAAGUUAAAAAGUACACCAGGACAGCUGAGAGGGAAGCAUAUCUUAUACGUCCAAUGCCUGUCCUUUAGAAGACCAUUGAUUACCUUCUUAGCUUACUGGAUCAGCCAUAUGAUGGCAACUUCCUUGGGAGCUAUAACUAUGUUGGAGCAAAUGGAUGUCUGCUUGACCUUGUCGUGCCAUGCAUUUGAGAAGAAAGGCAUUAUUGUGCCGUCAGAAAAAGAAUUCUAUGGUCAUUAUGCUCUUCUCAAACUGGACAAGCAUCGUGGAUGCAAAGUGGAACCUUCCGAGCUGUCGCUAGAUCUGGCCAAGAUGACUCCCGAGAUAAGGCAAACCCCUGAAGUGCUUUUUGCUCGCGAUGUUGCAAGAGCUUGCAGAACAGGCAACUUCAUUGCCUUCUUUAGGCUUGCAAAGAGGGCAUCUUACCUUCAAGCAUGUUUAAUGCAUGCUCACUUCGCUAAGCUACGACACCUUGCACUUGCUUCGUUAUACUUGGCUCUACAAACCAACCAAGGAAUCCCUGUUUCUCAAGUUGCUAAGUGGCUUGCUAUGGAGCAAGAAGAUGUCGAAAACUUGUUAGCAUAUUAUGGGUUCUCGAUAAAGGAUUUUGAAGAGCCAUAUAUGGUGAAGGAAGGACCAUUUCUCAAUAGCGAUAAGGACUUCUCAACAAAGUGUUCCAGACUUGUUCAUCUAAAAAAGUCAACUACUAUCGUCAGUGAUAUUUCUCCAUCUUCUCAAGUCACACCUUUGCCUGCUGAAGCAACAAGAAAAAUCCGAGUUCCUUUUGUUGACAAGAAGAAUCCAAGUCACACCUUUGCUGUGAAAGCUACACCUGCUUUGGUUGAUAAGAAGAAUUCUAUCAGUGCAAUUAAUGAUGAAAUGCCUGAUUCUCAUGUUGUUGUGCCAUUACCAAAGUUUGGCUUGCAAAAACAGUGUACUAUUGGUAGAUCUGAAGUUUUGAUCAAAUGGAGACAGAUAACAAUAAUCAUGUGA